AUGCUUAGGCACUUACGUGAUGACCAAAAAGAGGAAGCUAUGAGAUCUGUUAAAUACCAAUCUAACAUGCGUGCUCGCUUUCCUGUUCAUGGCUGUUUGGAGAUCAUAUGGCAACUAAACUAUCACUUGCGCCAAACCAUAGAAGAACUUCACUAUGUGAAUGCGCAGCUUGCCAUUUUUUAUGAUCAUAAGUCGCCUAAUUAUUCAGAAUUUUCAGUAGCUGAAUGCGAUUAUGAUCAACACCAUCUGGGCAUUAAUUCAAUGCCUCAGUCAGAUCAAUUUUUACAAGAGCAUCCUAUUCAGCAGCAGGAGGAGAUGCAAAUUUCUAUUUAUGAUUGCGACAACAUGAUAUUUGAUACAAUUGCUGAUGACAAACAAUCAAGAAGACAAGAUUCCAAGCCGAGGUAUGCUCUAUCUUCUAGAACAACUUAA